AUGGCAAUGCCUUUGGUUGCUGACACCUCAAUUGCCAGCACUAUUCUUCGAGCCUUAGGUGCAAAGGUAGGCCAAGGGGCCAAGAUCGGAGUGUUCAGCGUACACGACCCUGACCUGCUUGAAAUUGGGGCAUAUGCGACAAUAGGCAAGAAAGCCAAACUGGCUACAUCCAGCGCUCUUCACGGCAAGAUCCAUCUGGGCCCGAUCCAGAUAGGUGAGAGGGCAGCUGUCGGCCCAACUGCGGUUCUGGCUCAGGACACGGUGGUGCCAGCUGGUAAAGCCGUUCUGCCACUUUCGACGAUGCCAGGGUGGCAUGGCCCAGUGGGCUCCGUGGCCUAUCAAGACACGCAGCCGCCACGCACCUCAGCUGAGUUUGACCGGCGACAAAAUCUUCUUCGCCUCGUCUUUGGCAUGCCAAUGGUCCUCAUGGGCGAAGUCAUUCCGUACUACUUGACGUACUUUGUGCUGGUAUGGACAUAUGAUGGCCUGUAUGCAAGCGACAAGUACACGGCGUUUGCGAUUUGGAGUGUGCUUCUGUCCUGGAUCUAUGCACAUCCAAUGUGGUUCUUCCGGCUGGCUGUGGUCAUUUUGCAGAAGCGUCUGCUGGUAGGCAAUUUUCGCAAGCAGGACCAUCGCGAUAUCAGUCACUGGAAUGAGUGGAAGCACUGGGUACAUGCUCGCGCCGUCGAGUCUCAUGACUUCGAGGAAGCCUGCGAGAUGUUCACGAACACAGAGAUGCUUUCAUACAUUUACCGUGCUCUGGGCACCAAAGUUGGGCGGCGAGUUCAGAUUGAUCAGCUGAACUUUGUUGAGCACGACUGCGUCACCAUCGAUGACUACGUUGUGUUUGGUAGUGAGGUCAUGCUGUACACAGACACGCGGGCACCCUGGGUGCCCGAGGAAUACAACAAGAAACUGCAAAAGAAGAGAGGAUCGCAGCAGCGCUACGCAGACAUACACAUCUGCCAAGCAGCUAACGUUCUGGAUCACUGCUCGUUGCUUCCUGGGGUGACGGUUGCGGAGCGUGCCGUGCUCGGCACGUGUACGCUAGCUGCUGCAGGUAGCUACUAUCCACCGCUUGCAAUCCAUUCCGGCAGCCAGCGAGGCCGCUCUAUGCAUUUGCGGGAUUAUUUUGCCUCUCCAGCGAUGAGGGCACUGGAAGACAAAACUAUGCAAGAUCUGGACAGUCCCAUCACUUGGUGGAGGUUCAAUCUGAUUAUACUUCUGGUGAUUCUGAUAGCCAACCCGAUUCCGGAAGCAGCGUGGGUUGCGACAUACUUCGGAGUCACUUCGAUCUGGGAUAUUGAUGACGGCUCAGUGCUGACGCUCUUGCUUAUCACGCCUGUCGUCUACAACUUGAUCGAGCUGAUUUUGUUGUUUGCCAACAUUGCUUUGAAAUGGAUCAUCAUCGGCAAGUACGUUGCUGGAGAGUACAAGUUUUUUGGAUCUUAUCACAUGCGGUGGAUGGUCAUGAUGAUUUGCGGAUCAGGAAUUUCUGCACUUCAGGAUUGCCUCCACGGUACCGUGUUUGAGGUGUGGGUAGCGCGAGCCUGCGGUGCCAAGGUUGGCAAGGAAUGCUACUUGGCUGGGCUCAUGGUGGAAUAUGACUUGCUGACCAUAGGUGAUCACGUGGCAAUUGGAUCUGGGUGUGACACAACGGGCCACACUGUCGAGAACAUGGUCAUAAAACUAGCUCCGACGAGGAUCGGUGAUGGAGCGACCCUUUUGCCAGGCUCGUUUGCCAUGCCGGGCUCGGUAGUGGAGGAUGAGGCUGUUCUCAUGGAACAUACGCAGGUGUUAAAAGGUGAGACUGUGCCUUCCAGAGAGGUGUGGGCUGGCAUGCCGGCAUCUGGCUGCCAGCCAACAGCAGGGAGUGGUGCCGGAAACUGA